UGCAUGCUGAAGUGGGAGACACUUUAGUAGUUCACUUUAAGAACAUGGCCAACAAACCGCUGAGCAUUCACCCACAAGGCAUAGCUUACAACAAACUGUCAGAAGGUUCCUUGUACGAUGACAGAACAUCUUCUUUUGAAAAAGUGGACGAUGCUGUGCCUCCAGGAUUGGUGUAUAAAUACACGUGGGAGAUCACAGCAGAAAUUGGGCCUAAAGAAGCCGACCCUCCCUGUCUCACCUAUAUCUAUUACUCACAUGAGAACAUGGUGAUGGACUUUAACUCCGGUCUGACUGGAGCAUUGCUUAUAUGUAAAAAAGGAAGCCUGAAGGAAGAUGGGACACAGAAGCUGUUUGACAGAGAAUAUGUGUUGAUGUUUGCUGUGUUUGAUGAAAGCAAAAGCUGGCAAAAAUCAACCUCUCUCCUGUACACGAUUAAUGGUUACGCUAAUGGGACGUUGCCAGACCUAGGAGCUUGCACAUACGAUCACAUUAGCUGGCAUUUGAUAGGAAUGAGCUCCAAACCAGAGAUAUUCUCCAUCCAUUUCAAUGGGCAAGUCCUGGAACAAAAUCGUCGCAAGGUCUCAACAGUCAGCCUUGUGGGAGGUGCAUCGACCACAGCAAACAUGACUGUGAGCCAGAAAGGAAGAUGGCUAAUAUCUUCUCUUGUCCAGAAUCAUCUGCAAGCUGGAAUGCAUGGUUACCUCAACAUAAAAGAACUUGUGGGGAAAGACGUGUUCAAGAAGAAAUUAUCCUUUAAGGAAGUGCGUAUGAUUAAGAACUGGGAAUAUUUCAUUGCUGCAGAAGAAAUCACCUGGGAUUAUGCUCCAGAAAUUCCAGAGACCUUUGAUAGGUAA